AUUCAAUUUGUUUUAUUUUUCGGAGCUGCCUGAGCAAAAUUCCCUCCAUCACCAUCGUUUCUCAUUACUGUCUCGAAUUCAUCCAUAGGGUUUUAUCUGUGCAUUUUUAACAAAGGACUGCAGAUGAAAAACAUGGAAAAUGGAGAAGGCAAUAUAGAAAGUAAAUUUGCGGGCAUGGUGGUGAGCGAUACCAACAACAUCAACAGCACUGACGGAUUGUUUCAGGUUAUGAAAGCAGUAGAAGCUGCCGAGGCCACUAUCAAGCAGCAGGUGGAAGAGAACAAUCGAUUGAGAUUUGAAGUGGAGAAGAAAAUUCAGGAACUUGAGAAAUAUAAAUCAGGUUAUCUAAAAUCCCAAGUUCCUCAUUCAGUUGAUCUAUGGGAUGUCCAUGUUAAUGAUCCUCGUAGAGUUCAUCAAUUAUUUUUGGGUUCUGAAAAUCAAAUAGAUGGGAAUGGAGAAAUAGAACUCAAUUCUGUUCAUGAUUUAUCAGAAACAGCCGUUCUCCAAAAAGAUUUGAUUAGAAAAGAUAUGGAUGGUACCAUGCACGCACAUCUUGUAAACCAAUUUGAAAAUGGCAAGCUUAAUGGGUCUCUAAAAGUGCUUCCCGGUGGUCAGUUGGCCUCAGAUAAUUCUUGCUUUUCUCAGUCUCUGUCACCUUCUACAACGUUUUCACCUAGCAGGUACCAAAUCCAAGAAGAAUGGUGCUCUGCUUCUAGAAAAGGUUUAAUUUCAAUUGAGGAUGUCAACAAUACUAAUAGCCCGAAGCAGAAUGUUGUUGCGAAGGUUCAAGAACAUGAAGAAGAGAUUUUGCAAUUGAAGAAACAUCUUGCAGAAUUCUCGAUGAAGGAAUCACAAAUUCGUAAUGAGAAAUAUGUCCUAGAGAAGCGCAUUGCAUAUAUGCGGUUGGCCUUUGAUCAGCAACAUCAAGAUCUUGUUAAUGCUGCAUCUAAAGCAAUUUCCUACAGACAAGAUUUAAUGGAGGAAAAUGUGCGUCUUACAUAUGCAUUACAGGCUGCACAGCAAGAAAGAUCAAUGUUUGUAUCUUCUUUAAUGCCUCUUCUUGCUGAGUAUUCUCUUCAGCCGCCUCUUGCCGAUGCUCAAUCUAUUGUCAGUAAUAUCAAGGUUUUGUUUAGACAUUUGCAUGAACAGCUUCUUGUUACUGAGGCAAAGCUGAAGGAGUCUCAGUACCAGCUAGCACCAUGGCGUUCUGAAGUCAAUCCCUCUAGCUUUCCUCAAUCACUAUCUCAUCCUAAGAUGAAAAUUGGGCUGGAACUGGCGCCACAGCCGGUGUAUUCUAAUCGAAAAAUAACAUCUUCAGCUCCUCAUACAACAAUGGAUAGAGAUCUAAUGGGGCAUCAUCAGAGGGCUCUAGGUGAUGCUGUCACAAAAAAUUCGGAGCCUGAUGACUUGGGGAGGUAUUCGCCUCUCUCAAGCAGCAACAUUGCAUUCCAAGUAGCACCUGCACAGCUUGCAGUCAACCAGGAUGAUUUGCUUUACAUGUAUAAUAUUGAAGAAACUGUCAGUAAGAAAGUCACACUUGGUGACCUUGUUGGACAGAAUGAUAUGGACGACCCUGACACUGAAGGAAACCAGAAUGAUAGAGAGCCUUCAGUUAAUUGGAUUUCCGAAACGCCACAUACAACAAGUCUUGACGAUCCCAACUCGUACUCUUUUUCUGAGGCUGCAGAUGAUGACCCACUACCUGCAAUAGAGGGUCUCCAAAUUUUAGGUGAAGCAUUUCCAGGACAGGAACUUCAAGCCUGCGGAUACUCUAUAAAUGGGACGACCAGUUGUAAUUUUGAGUGGGUGCGCCAUUUGGAAGAUGGAUCUUUUAAUCAUAUAGAUGGAGCAGAGCAACCAAUUUAUCUUGUUACUGCAGACGAUGUUGAUGCAUACCUUGCAAUCGAAGUCCAACCACAGGAUGACAGGAAGCGGAAAGUACUCUCUCUCUCUCUCUUCCCCCCCCCCCUCUCUCUGUGUGUGUGUGCGCGCGAUCAUGUGUGGAUGUAUCAUAUGUGCUCUUGAAUCAACAUUAAACAAGUAAUUAAAGAGAGAGAUUGCUAGUUCCCAACACUCGUAACAAAUCAAUUAUUUAUUUGCAUUUUUCCCGGCAAAGUUGGGCUUCUUGUUUUCUGGUGAAAAAAUUGUUUAUCUGAUACUACAUGCUAGAAUUUGAAUUUUAUUAGAGUUGAAACAUUAAACUCUUAUUUGAUAGUUUGCAGCAUUUUCAAAGGCAAAUUUAAUGCUCUACUCACUGCCUAUGAAACUCUCUAGGAGAAGGAGAAGGCAGUUAUCUUUAUCCCUUUUGUAAUGAGGCGUGCCUAUUAAUAUGGACUUUUUAUUCCUCAAGUGAUUAGGUGUACAGCUCCCACCAAAUGCUGAAGAAAGGUCUAAAGAUAUGAAAUGAAACCAAAAACUCAAAAUGAAUUUUGUUUUUCCUUUUGAGAUCAAAGCAACCUGAGUAUUCUCUUUUUAUCAUUUUUCAAAUUGUGACUACUAUAUAGUUAAUCUUCUUUUCCUGCCUACCUGGCAUUAUAUUUUGGGCAAUUAUUGGUCAAUCUCAGCGCCUUUUCUCUUUGUCUGUACAUUGGCAGCUCAUCUAAAUUAGUGUUGUUACAAUACAUGAGCUGAAUUUUGACAUUUUUCUACUGUACUUAUCCCCAAAAUUUGUCAUUUUGAAGUAUUUACCAUUAGAACAGAAAAGGGAUGAGCCCCACAUCUGGAAUAUUAACCUCUCCUUGCUUUCAUCUUUUGCCUUCUGAAACAUGGAUCUCUAGACCAUGAACAUUAGUACACAGUUGAAACUUGGAACCCAAUUACAGACCUCAUAAAUAUAAGUUCUGUUAGUAUUUGUUGGCAAGAUAUAUGAGCUGAGCUGCUCAAAUAGUUCUCUGAUAGAGAUACAAUUCUACAAAAUCCUGGCUCGUGCCUUUGCCUGGCAGUAUGCAACCAUGAGCCUUUGAAAGAUUCAUGUAAUAAUUGUAGGUCAAACAAUAUUACAGUAACCUUAUAAGAACUUGAUGCCAAGAUCAAGAACAAGGACUUGGAAAAGAAUAGAGAACAAGAAGAGAGGUUUAGGAGGAAGAUUGCAAAUUUAUUCAAUAAUAAUGUGUCUAUUACAAUCAAAGAUCCCCCUUUAUAUAGUAGUCAAUCUAGGAUUAAUAAGAAAACAAAAUCAAUUGUCUAAAAAUCACAAUUAAAGGCAAUAUUAAUUAAUAACAAAAAUACUAUAAGAUUCAAAUUAAUCUAGAGAGUGUUGACACCCAUUUUUAUGGAAAAAUGAAUUUUAAAAUAGUAGAUUGAUGGGGAAUGUAUGGAUGAAAUAUCUGAAAAAGUUUUUGAUUUAUGUGCAAUAUUAUUUUAAUGAAGAAUGUGUAGUUGAAAAGAAGAGAGAGAAUGCAUUUUGAGAAAAAUGGGAAUCAAAUGGGGCUCUAAUUUCUUCUACGCCUUGAAUACACUUUCCAAAUUGCAUCAUUCCUCCCCGAUUGAAAGAACUUGACUCCGACAAGGUAUAAUCAGAUAGGAAUCCUAAAGCGUAGCAUCUAGGUGACGAAACAUAUUGAUGAGGACAUCUAUUUUUAUUUAUCUCUAGUUGGACUUUAUUCUUGUUUUGGAUUCUUAUUUAUGUAAUUGGGCUUGUAUUGGUCCAAACCCAUUCUAGUUAGGGUUUUAUUUUUACUAUUUAAACCUUAAUUUUCUUUAGUUUUGGAUGAAUAUGAAUUGUUGAGAUUGAUUGUGGCGUCUCCUCUUUCUUCCCCUUUUCCCUAAAUUUCUACUUCAUCUCUGGUUUCUCCCCUUUCUUGCUGUCCUCUUCUUUAUCUUGCAUCAAAUUUGGUAUCAGAGCCUAAACUUGGGUAAUCUCUCAUCUCCAAUCUAAAAAUUUCUUCCUACUUACAAAAAAUUUGUCGGAAUAGCACGAAUAAAAAAAAUUUAGCGUACGAGCAGCAGAUCUCAUUUUUUUGUUUCAGUUUCUUCAUAGUUGCAAAAAAAAAAAAAGCGUUGCUGUUCAUCGUACUGUUCACAGUCGGAAAAUUCAGUUAUAGUAUUUAGGUCAGUUCCUAAAAAAAAAUAAAAAUGCGUUACUGUUCAUCGUAUUGUUCACAGUCGGAAAAUUCAGUUUUAGUAUUUUGAUCAGUUCCUAAAAAAAAAUGCGUUACUGUUCAUCGUACUCUUCACAGUCGGAAAUUUCAAUUUAGUUUUUUCUGCAAUUUCAGUUUCACCCACAAAAAAAAUAAAAAAU